UAAAUCUUUUUAUAUGUUAUACUUUAUCAAGGAUAUUUUAGUGUCCAAGAAUAACGAUUCAUCAUUCACAAGUCAUCCCCAUAGUGUAAAUGCAAGAAACAAAAUUGAUGAAAUUCCGUUUGCAAAUAUGUCUGUAAUCCCAGAAUCUAUUGAGAGCAUUUUGAGGAAACCAACAUCUCCCAGAGCAUUUGUAGAGUUCCAUAAUGGAUUCUUAAACGAAGAAGUUGACAUUUCUGUGACAUUCAGAUGGAAUCGGCCUGAAUUUGGAGAAGAAGUAAUACAAGGAUACACAGUGCAGUGUUGGUUCAUCGAAAACUUGGAAGAGAUUCAAGUUUGUGACGACAAAAGUAUCUUAGCCACAAUAUUUGAAUGCACGGUGCACAAUCUAAAACCUAACACGACGUACUAUUUUCAAGUACGAGCGCUCACUAAAGUUCAUGCGAGUCCUUACUCAGAUUUAAUUGAUGUAUCGACUACAAAUGAAAAUCCAAUACCAAAAUUGAUUGUAAUGGAACUUGAACAUGGUAUUCAAACAUGGGAUCUAGAUCUAAAAAGCAACAUUAGUCUCGUUGAGCAAACUGGCGUGAUAAAUAUUGCUUACUCGAUAGCGGAUCAUAAAAUUUAUUGGGGCAACUUUAUUGGAGACCUAAUGAUGUUUGAUGUUGAUAAAAACAAUAAUACAAAAAUAGCUAAGUUUCAAUACAUUGUGAGCAAUCUCUGCAUCGAUUGGGUAGCAAGAAAUCUUUACUGGAUGGAAACAUAUGAUUCCAAUUUUGGUGCCCUCAUUAAGUUCGACUUAACAAUGUGGGAAAAUGGCAUCACCAUAUACAAUAGAAUUUCAAAAAUAAAAAAUCAUUUUGAUAUCUGUCUAAAUGUACUACCAUCUAUGGGAACUUUGUAUUGGAUAACUUACACUAUGCCUAAUGAACCUCAGAUUACACAGUCGGAUCUUGAUGGAAAAUACGCUCAAACGUUUCAGAAAAAUUUGUCUACUGUGUGUUCUUUCUCAAGCAAGAUGUCAGAUAUUAUUGGAAUACAAAUUGACGACAUGAAUACUAAGGAACCGCUGAUUUACUGGCUAAUGAGUGAUUUUUUGAUUGUAACAAACAUUAACGUUUCUAUGUGCAAUUUGAUUUUACGAGACGAAGAAAUUAGCAAUAACACAUUCUUCACAUCUUUAACGAUUGACAAGACAAACAUUUACAUUUCUGGAGUCACAUAUGACAGUUAUCUCGACAAGAAUUAUGGAAACAAUGAUUAUACAUUUGUCUUGAAAAAAAAGUAUGCUCUUCUCGAGAGCAAAGGUGCAUUCAAAUACAUCCAAAAUAUAAGUACGGUUUUCGACAUUCAUAAAUUGUAUGCUUUCGGUGAAUCUUUGCAAUUGUAUCCUUCGAUGAAAUGCCUGAUACCUGACAAAAAUGUUUAUAAAAUACAAAUAGUGCUGAUGACGGCAAACAGCAUUAUCAUAAAUCUUCCAGAGCCGGUCCCCAAAAACGGAUGCAAAAGAUACAACUUACCUAGCACUCUAUAUACUAUCAACGUAAGCUAUUGUUUGGACAAUAAGCUUAACAAGUUCAAUAAUUUUACCGUAAAAACGUACGAGAGAGAUUACGAGAUUUAAAAUUUAACGCCGCUUACAGAGUACACAUUACAGCUAACCUUAAGCAAUUUUUACUUUGAUCGGUUAUUGAUAGAUCCGUUAUUCGGCUCGAAAGUGAUAUUGAAAACUGAAUCGGGCAAACUCGACGCACCAGAAAAUGUGACAAUUCAGGCUCUGACUCCUACUAUAGCAGCAGUUUCUUGGAUGCCGCCUAAGAAAUUAAAUUGCGUGCCCGUAAUCUACGAAGUAUAUUGGACGUCAAUUAUUUUUUUAAACAAUACACGAUCCUUAAUUAUCAAUAAAACAGAACAUAAGGUAGACGACAAAUUUUUCACAUUACUCGAAUCGUUGAUACCAGGACAGAUAUACGAGAUAUAUGUACGCGUGUAUCCAACAAACUUCAGCAAUCAUUAUACUGACAGUUUGAGCAAAAUCUUGUAUAUGUAUUCAGAACCAAACAAUAUAACUUUGAACGAAGUUAACAUAAGCGGUAUGAAUAUCUCUUGGAUUCCUAGCGUUAAUUUGACAGUUCAUUAUGAAUUGGAAUAUAAAAAUGUUGAGAUGCAGAGGUGGCAAAUUGCAAACAAUUUUGAGGUAAAUAAUGAAGGGAAAGUAUUGUACUAUAUAAACAACUUGCUACCGGGAACUCUAUACGAGUUUCGUUUGAUAUUGAAAUAUCCCAAGUACGAGAAAGACUUCAUAUGGCCAUCUGAUGGAAGAUUUACUUUUUCAACACUGACAAGUAAUACUUCAAGCAUUCCUGGUAAAAGUAUAGUUUCACAAUAUUACCUAUAUAUUAUAUCAAGCUUUGUUGCUGUAAUUAUUAUAAUCUGCAUCUGCUACUUUUACUAUUUGUACCAACAACGCAACAAAAGCAACCAACAACUUUUGUCUCCGAUAAUGACCAACAUCGAGUUGGCGAUUCUACAUGAGAUACCUUACGGUAACGUUCAAUUCAAUGAGUUAUACAGUCCUACAUUAGAAUAUAAUUUGAAUAAAUAUGUAUUGACCAAAGUCAAACAUGAAGAAAUUAUACUAGAAAAACUAUUAGGCAGCGGCGCAUUUGGAAUGGUAUUUCAAGGUAAAGUAAAGAAUUUAGAAAGACCGGGCACAGAGAUACCUGUUGCCAUAAAAAAGCUUCGAGAAAAUGCUUCCUCGCAGGAAAAAAACAAGUUUUUAGAAGAAGCCACGCUUAUGAAUCAAUUUCGACAUAAACAUGUGCUGAGAUUAUUGGCCGUCUGUUUAGACCAAGAAUCUCCAUUAAUCGUGUUGGAAUUGAUGGAAACUGAUCUGUUACAAUAUUUGAGAGAUAAUCAAAAAUUUCAACCGUCAGAUUCGCACGCUCUACGACUGCAAGAUUUGUUCGCCAUGUGCGAAGAUGUUGCGCGAGGCUGUUGCUAUCUAGAACAUUUACAUUUUGUUCAUAGAGAUCUCGCUUGUCGGAAUUGCUUAGUAUCCGCGAGAAAUCGCGAGGACCGUGUCAUCAAAAUUGGCGAUUUUGGACUGGCUAGAGAUGUUUACAAGGAUGACUAUUACCGCAAAGAAGGGCAAGAUCUGCUUCCUAUUCGUUGGAUGGCACCGGAAUCUUUGAUGUUCGGAAUGUUUACUUCACAGAGUGACGUUUGGUCAUUCGGGGUUCUAAUGUGGGAAAUUACAUCGUUGGGUGAGCAACCUUACAUUGGCAAAACUAAUCUGGAUGUUAUAGAUUAUAUACGAGGUGAGGGCAGGUUGCCGAUACCUCCAAAUUGUCCACCAGCUUUGUACGAGUUGAUGAGGCGUUGCUGGAAUUCAGCAAAUAAAAGACCAAACUUCAAACUGUGUCAAAAUAUUAUAGCUCUAAGAAAUAACGAAGAAGAUAUUUCAUUGAGUCCAGUAAAUAUUAUCUAGCCAAAAGAAUUUAAUUAAUAAUGUUAUU